CCCAUGCAACUUCGUCAGUGAAUAAAUGAUUAAUAUGAGAGCCACCCUGCUUCUUCUCUUCCUCCUGUGUUCUCCAUGCACUUUAAAUGCGUUUUCAGGAAAUGAUGUUUUGAAAGCUGGGGAGAACAUUACUGGAACUACAAGCUUUCUUGCUUCAGCUUCAAAGAAAUUCAUACUAGGCUUCUUUUCUCCACAGUCAAGGCCUAAUGACAGUUACCUCGGGAUAUGGUAUAACACAUCACAGUUCCCUGGAUCACAACUAACACUGGUAUGGGUUGCCAACAGAAACCGACCUGUAGGUUCCAAUAACAAUGGAGUCUUUCAAAUUGCACAAGAUGGAAACCUUGUAGUAACAGAUUCUUCAGGGGAAACAUAUUGGUCCUCAGAACUUGGAAACUCCUCUUCCACAAACAUGACAGUGAAACUAAUGGAUUCUGGGAACCUUAUGCUGUUACAAUAUGAUCAAACGGGGAAGACUACUACUAUGUAUUAGAGCUUCGAUCACCCCACCGAUACGUUUCU